CGGCGGCGGCGUCGUCUCUGCACGGUCGGCCCGGCACUUACCGCCGGGGCAGUUGGUCAGUGGGGGCUGUGCAGGCGACCUGGCUUGGGGCCGGAGGCGUUGGCGUAGGGAGGACCGGACAGGGUGAGGAGGUCGGGAGGAACAGGGCGAGGGAGGGGGCGCUGUGGGCCGCGGUGGCUGUUGACGGAGUGUGACCGCGGCCGCCUUCCGCCCGGCCGCUCCGGACGUGUGGGCGCGGCGUGGGCUCCGUUCACCUGUCUGCAGCCGCCACCCUCCCCUGCGUCGGGCCCUCUCGCUGUGCCGGUCUGAUGAGCUCGCGCUUAUCCUCCGCCUCUUUUCUCAAACUUUUGAUUUCUUCCCACAAGCACCCUUCCUGAUUCUGUCCCCACCUAGUCCGCCUGCGCCUCCGCCACCACACUCUCUGGCCACCCCCGAUAUGGGCUGCUUACUUGGCCCCGGCCCCCAGGGAUGCUUUCAGUCCGUUCCUGUGUCAGCUUGCACUUUCUAACCUUGGUCUAAGCCCUGGUUGUAAUAAAUGUGACUGAAUAGAGUCUGCCUCCCCUUACCCUCUUCUCAGAUUCAGGGGCUUUCUCUUACUACCCUUCGGUUGGACUGGUCAGGGGGUCACUGCUGCCUUUCUCCCUUUCAGACGGACCAUGGACGGCUCCUUCGUCCAGCACAGUGUAAGGGUUCUGCAGGAGCUCAAUAAGCAGCGGGAGCGGGGCCAGUACUGCGAUGCCACCCUGGACGUGGGUGGUCUGGUGUUCAAGGCGCACUGGAGUGUCCUCGCCUGCUGCAGCCACUUCUUCCAGAGCCUCUAUGGGGAUGGCUCAGGGGGCAGUGUCGUCCUCCCUGCCGGCUUCGCUGAGAUCUUUGGCCUCCUGCUGGACUUUUUCUACACUGGCCACCUCGCCCUCACCUCGGGGAACCGGGACCAGGUGCUCCUGGCAGCCAGGGAGUUGCGGGUGCCAGAGGCUGUAGAGCUGUGCCAGAGCUUCAAGCCCAAAGCCUCAGUGGGGCAGGCCCCAAGUGGCCAGAGCGGGCUGGGGAAAGCCGCCCCUCGGGAUGUGAACAGCCACCUCAAGGAGCCGGCAAGCUUGGAGGAAGGGGACGUCUCGAGGACGCUGGGUCAAACCCCCAGGGAUCCGGAGCUCAGUGGGAGUCCCAGCCUCCAGAGGCCCCAGCUUGGUCUCCGUGCUCAGAGUGAGAACCCCGCCUUCCUCCGUGGGAAACUCAAGCAGGCUCUGAAGCUUUGUCCCCCUGAGGACAAGGAGCCUGAGGAUUGCAGAGUGCCCCCAAGGCCCUUUGAGGCUGAAAGUGUCCAGCUGCAGGGCGGGAGUAACGAGUGGGAAGUGGUGGUUCAAGCUGAGGAUGAUGGGGAUGGCGAUUAUGUUUCUGAGACUGAGGCUGUGCCGACCAGGAGGAAAUCAAACGUGAUCAGAAAGCCCUGUGCUGCCGAGCCGGCCCUGAGUGCAGGUUCCCGGGCAGCCGAGCCUGCUGAGAACAGAAAAGGUACAGCGGUGCCGGUUGAAUGCCCCACAUGUCAUAAAAAGUUCCUCAGCAAAUAUUAUCUAAAAGUUCACAACAGCAGGAAACACACUGGGGAGAAGCCCUUCGAGUGUCCCAAAUGCGGGAAGUGUUACUUCCGGAAGGAGAACCUCCUGGAGCACGAAGCCCGGAACUGCAUGAACCGCUCGGAACAGGUCUUUACGUGCUCCGUGUGCCAGGAGACAUUCCGCCGGAGGAUGGAGCUGCGGGUGCACAUGGUGUCCCACACGGGGGAGAUGCCCUACAAGUGCUCCUCCUGCUCGCAGCAGUUCAUGCAGAAGAAGGACCUGCAGAGCCACAUGAUCAAGCUGCACGGAGCGCCCAAGCCCCACGCGUGUCCCACCUGCGCCAAGUGCUUCUUGUCCCGGACGGAACUGCAGCUGCACGAGGCUUUCAAGCACCGUGGGGAGAAGCUAUUUGUGUGUGAGGAGUGCGGCCACCGGGCGUCGAGCCGAAAUGGCCUGCAGAUGCACAUCAAGGCCAAGCACAGGAACGAGAGGCCGUACGUCUGUGAGUUCUGCAGCCACGCCUUCACCCAGAAGGCCAAUCUCAACAUGCACCUGCGCACGCACACAGGCGAGAAGCCCUUCCAGUGCCACCUCUGCGGCAAGACCUUCCGCACCCAAGCCAGCCUGGACAAGCACAACCGCACCCACACCGGCGAGAGGCCCUUCAGCUGUGAGUUCUGCGAGCAGCGCUUCACGGAGAAGGGGCCCCUGCUGAGGCACGUGGCCAGCCGCCACCAGGAGGGCCGCCCGCACUUCUGCCAGAUCUGUGGGAAGACCUUCAAAGCCGUGGAGCAGCUGCGUGUGCACGUGAGGAGGCACAAGGGGGUCAGGAAGUUCGAGUGCACUGAAUGCGGCUACAAGUUCACCCGGCAGGCCCACCUGCGGAGGCACAUGGAGAUCCACGACCGGGUGGAGAACUACAACCCACGGCAGCGCAAGCUCCGGAACCUGGUCAUUGAGGACGAGAAGAUGGUGGUGGUGGCGCUGCAGCCGCCCGCCGAGCUGGAGGUGGGCUCGGCUGAGGUCAUCGUGGAGUCGCUGGCCCAGGGCGGCCUGGCCUCCCAGCUCCCUGGCCAGAGACUGUGUGCGGAGGAGAGCUUCUCGGGCCCGGGAGUCAUGGAGCCCGCGCUCAUCAUCACGGCCGCCAUCCCCGGGGACUGCGACACGUAGUCCUCCCCUCCUCGCCAGCGACCCCCGGCCUGCAGCCCACUUGGCUCCAUCCCCCAAUAAACCACAUGGCUUUGGA